AUGCAGUGCCUAGCGGCCGCUCUUAAGGACGAAACCAACAUGAGUGGGGGAGGGGAGCAGGCCGACAUUCUGCCGGCCAACUACGUGGUCAAGGAUCGCUGGAAGGUGCUGAAAAAGAUCGGGGGUGGGGGCUUUGGUGAGAUCUACGAGGCCAUGGACCUGCUGACCAAGGAGAACGUGGCCCUCAAGGUGGAGUCCGCGCAGCAGCCCAAACAGGUCCUCAAGAUGGAGGUGGCGGUGCUCAAAAAGCUUCAAGGGAAGGACCAUGUGUGCAGGUUCAUUGGCUGUGGCAGGAACGAGAAAUUUAACUACGUGGUGAUGCAGCUGCAGGGCCGGAACCUGGCGGACCUGCGCCGCAGCCAGCCGCGGGGCACCUUCACGCUGAGCACCACGCUGCGGCUGGGCAAGCAGAUCCUGGAGUCCAUCGAGGCCAUCCACUCGGUGGGCUUCCUGCACCGGGACAUUAAGCCGUCAAACUUUGCCAUGGGCCGGCUGCCCUCCACCUACCGGAAGUGCUAUAUGCUGGACUUUGGACUGGCCCGGCAGUACACCAAUACCACAGGGGACGUGAGACCUCCUCGGAAUGUGGCCGGGUUUCGAGGGACGGUUCGCUACGCCUCGGUCAAUGCCCACAAGAACCGGGAGAUGGGCCGCCACGAUGACCUGUGGUCCCUCUUCUACAUGCUUGUGGAGUUUGCAGUGGGUCAGCUACCCUGGAGGAAGAUCAAGGACAAGGAGCAGGUUGGGAUGAUCAAGGAGAAGUAUGAGCACCGGAUGCUGCUGAAGCAUAUGCCCUCAGAGUUCCAGCUCUUCCUGGACCACAUCGCCAGUCUGGAUUACUUCACCAAGCCCGAUUACCAGUUGAUCAUGUCAGUGUUUGAGAACAGCAUGAAGGAGCGGGGCAUUGCGGAGAACGAGGCCUUUGACUGGGAGAAGGCGGGCACUGAUGCCCUGCUGUCCACCAGCACCUCCACCCCACCCCAGCAGAACACCCGGCAGACGGCAGCCAUGUUUGGAGUGGUCAAUGUGACACCCGUGCCCGGGGACCUGCUCCGAGAGAACACGGAAGACGUGCUCCAGGGCGAGCACCUGAGUGACCAGGAGAACGCACCCCCUAUCCUGUCUGGGAGGCCCACCGAGGGGCUGGGCUCUGGGCCCCACCUUGUCCCCCACCCCGGGGGUCCCGAGGCUGAGGUCUGGGAGGAGACUGAUGUCAACCGCAACAAACUCCGGAUCAACAUCGGCAAAACCCCCUGUGUGGAGGAGGAACAGAACCGAGGUGUGGGGAUCCCCAGCUCCCCAGUGCGAGCUCCCCCAGAUUCCCCAACAACCCCAGUGCGUUCUCUGCGCUACCGCAGGGUCAACAGCCCAGAGUCAGACCGGCUUUCCACUGCAGCGGACGGCCGGGUGGAGCUGCCCGAGAGGAGGUCACGGAUGGACGCCCUCGGCUCCCCCUCGCGCCAGGCCUGCUCCUCCCAGCCCGCCCAGAUGCUGUCAGUGGACACGGGCCACGGGGACCGGCAGGCCAGUGGCCGCAUGGACGUGUCGGCCUCCGUGGAGCAGGAGGCCCUGAGCAACGCCUUUCGCUCCGUGCCGCUGGCCGAGGAGGAGGACUUUGACAGCAAGGAGUGGGUCAUCAUCGACAAGGAGACGGAGCUCAAGGACUUUCCUCCAGGGGCGGAGCCCAGCACGUCUGGCACCACGGACGAGGAGCCCGAGGAGCUGCGGCCGCUGCCCGAGGAGGGCGAGGAGCGGCGGCGGCCGGGCCUGGAGGUCACGGUGCGGCCGCGAAGCCGGGGCAUGCACACGCUGGCCGAGGAGGACCUGCGGCAGAUGCCGCCCCAGCCCCUGCCGCCCCAGCUGAGCCAGGCUGACGGCCGCUCCGAGGCAUCACAGCCCCCCACGCCCGGCAGCCCCUCCCACUCACCCCUGCAUUCGGGACCUCGCCCUCGACGGAGAGAGUCGGACCCCACAGGGCCUCAGAGACAGUUGGAGGAGGACAGACUCUCGGGGCACUCCCUCCCGCGGUACAGCCCCCUGCGACGACUGGCGUCCUCCGUGUUCUCCUCCUCCACGCUGGAGACCGAGCAUUACCCGCACCCCGGCGGCGGCGGCUCCUCCGGGUCCCUCAUUCAGCGCAGCCGCUCGGCCGAGAGCAGCCCCGUGCGGGCGCCGCACCGGCGCCACGCGCCCCUGGCCGCCGGCAACCACAGACUCGUGCCCUCGGUGCUCCGCAUCUCGCGGUCCCAGCUGCAGCAGCCAGUUACCACAGGGAUGCCAAAUUUCCCUUUCCCAUGCCAGCCAGCACCUCCAUUCCCCCUGGUGAAGGUGUCAGAAAGGGUGUGGGAGGAGAGGAGACCCGAUAUGCAAAACAGUGGGUUCCAUGCGAUUGUGCUCACCCCCACUCCCGCGGGCCCCAAGAAAGGACCCCGAGGGAAACUCCAGACUCAGCGCGCAGCAACCAAAGGCCGGGCCGGGGCCGCGGAAGGCCGGGCAGGGACCAGAUAAUGACGCCCGGCGCGCUCUCCGCGGCGCCCCCAGCCCUCGCCGGGCCCCCCACACUCGCAGCCGGCCAGCUCCCAGCACAGCCUUACGCCACCGCGGCC